GUCGCCAGGUAUAGCAGGCCGAAUUCACGAUUCGCCACGUGGCGAAACGUCUAGGGUUAGACCUUAAACCCUAGCGCCAUACCGAGAGCAGAUUGCAACUUGCAACUUGCAACUUGCAAGCAUACAUCACACUCCCUCGACAGAUUCGCCCGCACGCUUUUCGAGUGGAGGUCUUCGCCCUGGAGCGAUUCAGAGUUGGUGUUAAUCUCCUCUCUGCCAUCCAAGGUUUUGUGCUCGAAUCGAAUCCGAGGGCGUGUGGCUUCGAUCUGCCGGGAUUUCGCCAGAUACGGCAUGGUCCAGUGGGUGGUGAUACUGCAUGGGCGUGCGGUGGGUUUGCAAUGCAAUGGCGAUCCGUGUUUCUUUUUCUUCGGCAGGGAGACAGAUUGAACAUGUCAACGCUGCUGUCUCGCAGUAAGGCUGUCGCGCCUUACGAUGUUAAUUCGAUGCCUUUGGGGCGGACGGGUGAUCGCACCGUCUGAUAAUUAUUCUUUGGAAGGUGAUACUGACGGUAGUCUCCCAGAGGUACCCAGUGGUGCGUGUGGCUUGAUAUACACAUGUACUCGUGGUACCGGACGUUCUAAUGUGAACCCCGUCGGUAGACAUUGUCGCCAGUGUGGUUUUGGCCACUGAAGUUAUCCUUUAGUGCCCGUGGCAGUAGCUUCAUUCGGAAUGGUUCAGAUUCUCGACGCUCCAGCGAGGAGCAUGGGCAUUUGGCUGAUAGUCUCAAGACAUUGAGGUGACAAUCUUUCGCGUCGCCUCAAAUGAUGAACAUCAUGGAGCAGCAUUUGGAACACCUGGAUAGUUUGGAUCAACUUGACACGGAAACUGGGAGUGAUUCGGAUAUGCUGGCAUUGACUCCAGCUCAAAGCGGACAAGAGCGUAAGUCUCGUCGAGGGGGAAGGCCGAGGUCUCUAGUUUGGCAACACUUUAUUGUGUCUGGUGAACGCACUGACAAGAGUCGGCGCUUCAAUGUUUGCUGCAAAUCAUGUGGCAUAGACAUGGUGAGCCGUCUUGGGACAAUGGAGAAACACAUCGCUUUCGAAUGCGAAAAAGCAGAUCCAGAUGGAAGAGUCAAAAUUCAGGAAAGGUUGGCUGUUAAAUCCGCUCAGAUCAUCGGACAUGCUGCUAAACGAGUGAAGAAGGAAGGACGGCGAAAACUUUUUGAGGUUCUGCCACCACACGGGACAGCCCUCUCGUUUCUUCCUGAAAGAGCAUGAUGUACAGGUUUCGCAUUGUGUAAUUCGACACAUUUGGUCAAGCCUCGCUACUGUUCCCUGUCACGGUGCAUGAAAGAGACUUCGAACGAGAUUUUGCUGGAACGACGUACAUCCCCAUCUAUGUCAUGCUCCCUCUGAACACCAUCGACGAAAACAAUGAAGUCUCUGAUCCAGAGUUUCUCAAAUAUGACUUAAGGGCGUUAAAGUCAGUAAAUGUAGAUGGCGUAAUGGUGGACUGCUGGUGGGGGUUGGUAGAGGGGAAAGCACCUCAACACUACAAUUGGAACGGUUACAGGCAGCUCUUCAACAUCGUUCGUGAGGCGGGAUUAAAGUUGCAGGUUGUCAUGUCAUUUCACCAAUGCGGUGGGAAUGUGGGAGAUGACACAAAUAUCCCUAUACCAUCCUGGGUGUUGGAUAUAGGAGAGAAAAAUCCCGACAUUUUUUUUACCGAUCGUCAAGGUGUUAGGAACCCCGAAUGUCUUUCAUGGGGUGUAGAUAAAGAACGUGUGCUUGCCGGCCGUACUGGUCUCGAGAUCUACUACGACUUCAUGAGGAGUUUUCGGUCACAAUUUGAUGAGUUUUUUGAGGACGGAACUAUAACAGAAAUUGAGGUUGGUUUAGGGGCAUGUGGAGAAUUGAGAUAUCCUUCAUAUCCCGAACGACAUGGUUGGAAAUAUCCAGGCAUCGGUGAAUUUCAGGUUUACGACAAAUAUUUACAAAAGAGCUUGACGAAGGCAGCAGUACAACGUGGACAUGGUGAUUGGGCUAGAGCUCCAGAUAAUGCCGGAGAGUACAAUUCAAGACCGCAGGAUACAGGUUUCUUCAGGGAUGGUGGUGAUUACGAUAGUUAUUAUGGACGUUUUUUCUUAAAAUGGUACUCGCAAGUUCUGAUAGAACAUGGAGACAACGUCUUGACCCUUGCAAACCUCGCGUUUGAAGGUUAUAAGAUUGCUGCUAAGGUUUCCGGUAUCCAUUGGUGGUACAAAACAGCCAGUCAUGCUGCGGAGCUUGCCGCAGGAUUUUACAAUCCGUCCAACCGUGAUGGAUACGCCCCGAUAGCUGAAAUGCUUGCAAAGCAUAAGGCUGCGUUAAAUUUUACUUGCGUGGAACUUCGUACUAGUUCACAAGAAGAAGGUCAUCCUGAAGCUAUGGCGGAUCCCGAAGGGUUAGUUUGGCAAGUAUUGAAUGCAGCUUGGGAUAGUAACAUAUCAGUGGCAAGUGAGAAUGCACUUCCUUGUUACGACAGAGAUGGCUACAAUAAGAUAUUGGAGAACGCGAAGCCUUUGAAGGAUCCUGACGGUCGACACUUGGUCGCCUUCACCUAUUUGCGGUUGAACCCUACUUUGAUGGAAGACAGCAAUCUGGAUGAAUUCGCUCUUUUCGUGAAGAGACUUCACGGGGAAUCUAUUCACUGAAGGUCUUGAAUUCAAAAGCGUGAGGUUAUAGAGCCUCCAGAAAGUGGAAAGGUGCCCUUUAGAAGCAACGCUUGUGGUCGGGAAGACCUGUAUAUACUCUACUGGUGGAGGCUACAGACCGGAUUGUAUCACUGCAUCUUAGGACUGUAAAAUACCCAUUAUUUCUUGUUGUAGUGUGAGUAUCAUGCUCCAGCGUUCUGCAAUUACAUAAUCUGAGAAAGAUUAGAUAGGCCGAUACUGCACCUCAAAAGCAGGAGAAUCCUGUGUUGUAAUGAGAUAGUAAGGGAAGUGUGGAAGAGAAUGUUCAAUGGCAGGUCAUUUUUUAUAGACUACACUUCUUUCAUUUGGGAAAGGUACGGAGCUGUAUUGAAGGUGAAAUGGAAUCGAAAGUGAAUGUAUGAUU